AGAAAGAGAGAGAAAGAGAGAGCGAGAGAGAUUAACAGGGAGUAGGAGGCAGGCGCAGUAGCAGACUCCUAUAUCCGCCAGACGGGGACGGACGGUGCCAGCUGCUAGCUAAGUUAGCUAUAGUAGACAGUUAGCAACUAGCUUCAGAGUCCUAGCGCCUUUACUACAUAUGAGGGACUGAGCAAGAGUGCGUGUGUGUAUGUGUGUGACAGCGCGUGUAUCGACGCUUUGAGCGCCCGCUCGGCCGUCCCGAAGUCACUCCGUGUGUACCUGUGUGCGCGUGUGUGUGUGUAUAUAAACCCCUCAUAUCUCCUUCCUCUUCCGACCAGCAGCGGUGUGUCUGUGAUUGUGUGUAUGUGUGAGGUUAGCAAGCAGAGAAGUUAACGCACACAAAUAAACACACUCUUGAUAGUCGGCUGUCUACACUCGGUGUCCGGUUACCUGACAGCGGAUUCACAUCCUUUACUGACACCGACAGAGCACCAGCAUGAUGUUGAGGUACGCUGUAGUCCGAGGUGGCCUCGGCCUCUUGGCCGUGAGGAGGACAUAUCUUAUCUCUCGCUUCGCCCACUCUGCCCCACAGAGCGAGUAUCGACCAAUCAAGAAAGUCAUGGUGGCCAAUAGAGGUGAGAUUGCUAUCCGUGUGUUCAGAGCCUGCACUGAACUGGGGAUUCGAACCGUGGCCGUCUACUCUGAGCAAGACACUGGACAAAUGCACAGGCAGAAGGCAGACGAGGCUUACCUAAUUGGAAAAGGCCUGCCACCUGUUGCAGCAUACCUGCACAUACCUGACAUCAUCAAAGUGGCCAAGGACAACAAUGUGGAUGCUAUCCACCCAGGCUAUGGUUUCCUCUCUGAGCGGUCAGACUUUGCCCAGGCCUGCGCAGACGCAGGGGUGAUGUUUAUUGGACCAUCCCCUGAAACGGUCCGCAAGAUGGGAGACAAGGUGGAGGCUCGUUCCCUGGCCGUGUCUGCAGGUGUACCUGUGGUCCCAGGAACAGAUUCCCCAAUCUCCAGCCUGCAAGAGGCGCAGGUGUUUUCCCAGACAUACGGCUUCCCAAUCAUCUUCAAAGCAGCCUUUGGAGGAGGUGGUCGCGGCAUGAGGGUGGUCAGAGAGUACGAGGAACUUGAGGAGAAUUACCAGCGGGCCUACUCUGAGGCCCUGACGGCUUUUGGGAAUGGAGCCCUGUUUGUUGAGAAGUUUAUUGAAAAGCCAAGACACAUUGAGGUGCAGAUCCUUGGCGAUAAAUAUGGUAAUGUCAUCCACCUCUACGAGAGAGACUGCUCCAUUCAGCGGAGACACCAAAAGGUUGUGGAGAUUGCACCGGCUUUCCAACUGGACCCUCAUCUGAGAAACCGACUUCACGCUGAUGCUGUCAACCUCGCCAGACAGGUGGGCUACGAGAACGCUGGUACUGUGGAGUUCCUGGUGGACAAACACGGCAAACACUACUUUAUUGAAGUCAACUCUCGACUCCAGGUUGAGCACACGGUCACCGAAGAAAUCACUGAUGUGGACCUGGUGCAUGCCCAGCUGCAUGUGUGUGAGGGCCGCAGCCUGCCAGAACUGAACCUCAAACAAGACAAGAUCAGGGUUAAUGGCUGUGCGAUCCAGUGCAGAGUGACGACCGAAGAUCCAGCCAGAGGCUUCCAACCAGACACUGGAAGGAUUGAGGUCUUCCGAAGCGGCGAAGGCAUGGGCAUCCGUCUGGACAGUGCUUCUGCCUUCCAGGGUGCUAUCAUUUCCCCCCACUAUGACUCCCUGCUGGUUAAAGUCAUAGCCAGUGGGAAAGACUUGCAGACAGCCUCUUCCAAGAUGAGCCGAGCCCUGGCCGAGUUCAGAGUGCGAGGAGUCAAGACCAACAUCCCGUUCCUCCAGAAUGUUCUGUCCAACCACCAGUUCCUCCACUCCACCGUGGACACCCAGUUCAUCGAUGAGAACCAGGAGCUCUUCAACCUCAAACCUACUCAGAACCGAGCCCAGAAACUACUGCACUACCUGGGUCAUGUGAUGGUAAAUGGACCAACCACGCCCAUUCCAGUCAAAGCUAAGCCUUCGUCCAUAGAUCCUGUCAUCCCUCCUGUCACCAUGGGCGACCCUCCGGUAGGUUUCCGUGACAUAUUGCUGCAUGACGGUCCUGAGGGAUUCGCUAAGGCUGUGCGUGCCCACCAAGGUCUGUUGCUAAUGGAUACCACCUUCAGGGAUGCCCACCAGUCACUUCUGGCGACCAGGGUUCGGACCCACGACCUGAAGAAGAUCUCGCCAUUCGUCAGCCACAACUUCAGCAACCUUUUCAGCCUGGAGAACUGGGGAGGUGCUACCUUUGAUGUGGCCAUGCGCUUCCUGUCAGAAUGUCCAUGGAAGAGGCUCCAGGAACUGAGAGCUUUGAUCCCAAACGUCCCUUUCCAGAUGCUGCUGAGAGGGGCCAACGCCGUGGGCUACACCAACUACCCUGACAAUGCUGUCUUUAAGUUCUGCGAGGUGGCCAAGGAGAAUGGCAUGGACAUCUUCCGUGUUUUCGAUUCCCUGAACUACGUGCCAAACAUGCUGCUGGGCAUGGAGGCUGCUGGAGCAGCAGGUGGAGUGGUGGAGGCUGCCAUCUCGUACACAGGCGACGUCUCUGACCCAAUGAGGCAGAAGUACUCCCUGGACUACUAUCUGAAACUGGCAGACGAGCUUGUCAAAGCCGGGACCCACAUCCUAUGCAUCAAGGAUAUGGCUGGUCUGCUGAAGCCAGAGGCCAGCAAGCUUCUGGUGGGUGCUCUGAGAGACCGUUUCCCGAAUGUACCGAUCCAUGUGCACACACACGACACGGCUGGAGCCGGUGUAGCCGCCAUGCUGGCCUGUGCUGAGGCUGGAGCAGACGUGGUGGACGUGGCUGUUGACUCUAUGGCCGGGAUGACCUCUCAGCCAAGCAUGGGAGCCAUCGUGGCCUGUGCCAAGGGGACCAAGCUUGACACCGGCAUUGCUCUGGAGAAGGUGUUUGACUACAGUGAAUAUUGGGAAGUAGCCAGAGGCCUGUACGCUCCGUUUGACUGCACCGCCACCAUGAAAUCUGGCAACGCUGAUGUCUAUGAGAACGAGAUUCCUGGAGGACAGUACACCAACCUUCACUUCCAGGCUCACAGUAUGGGACUGGGAAAUAAGUUCAAGGAGGUGAAGAAGGCCUAUGCUGAAGCCAACAAACUACUAGGUGACCUUAUUAAGGUGACUCCAUCCUCUAAGAUCGUGGGUGACCUGGCGCAGUUCAUGGUGCAGAACAACCUGACCAGGGCAGAAGUGGAGGAGAGGGCAGACGAGUUGUCCUUCCCCCUGUCUGUGGUCGAGUUCCUGCAGGGAUACAUCGGGAUACCACAUGGAGGAUUCCCCGAGCCCUUCAGGUCUAAGGUGCUGAAGUCCCUUAACCGUAUCGAGGGCCGCCCUGGCGCCUCUCUGCCGCCCAUGGACUUCAAGGCCCUGGAGGAGGGGAUUCGAGCUGCACAUGGUGAAGAAAUUACCCCGGAGGACGUGAUGUCAGCAGCCAUGUACCCCAAGGUGUUCCAGGAGUUCAAGGAAUUUACUGCUAACUUUGGUCCAGUGGACUGUCUCAGCACCAGGCUGUUCCUGGAUGGACCCAAGAUCGCAGAGGAGUUUGAGGUGGAGCUGGAGAGAGGGAAGACUCUCCACAUCAAGGCGCUGGCACUGGGUGACCUGAACAAGGCCGGCCAGAGAGAGGUCUUCUUUGAGCUCAACGGACAGCUGAGAUCCGUGCUGGUUAAAGACACUGUCGCCAUGAAGGAAAUGAAGUUCCAUCCUAAGGCUCAGAAAUCCAUCAAGGGUCAGGUUGGAGCACCCAUGCCUGGAAAGGUGCUGGAGGUCAAGGUGGAAGUUGGAUCGAAGGUGGAGAAGGGUCAGCCGCUGUGUGUCCUCUCGGCCAUGAAGAUGGAGACCGUGGUCAACUCCCCGGUGGCAGGGACGGUGAAGGCGGUCCAUGUCACGACCGAGUCCUCCCUGGAGGGAGAUGACCUGAUACUAGAAAUCGAGGAGUAGAGUUAGAGGGCAGAGGGAGGCAGGGGGGAGUAUUAGUGGUACUAGGCGGGGUUUAGACAAUCUGAUUCUGGAAAUGGUGAGGUGGAGGAACAGGAAAAACAGGACUCCUUUUCAUCAAAGGCGAGUCUCAUCUGUGGCAGUACUGCAGAACGUUUUGGCCCGCAAUUUGUACAUUUUCUGUUUGCUUACGCAUAUCCAGACACCUGAUUGGUGUUAAGAGUAGAUAAUAUGGCAAUCCUAAAUAAUACAUAAAUUUGAUAGGAACUCCUUAUUGAAUUGUACAACUAAUCAAACUCUGCUUAAUUCUCCCUAGUAUUCCGUACAUGUGGUGAUUAGGUCAUAGCAGUUCCUUAGUACAAUUAUUAAUGUCUUAAUUUGUGGAAAAUUAUAUUUUUUAGAAAGACAUAUUUAAAUUGUGAUACAUUCCAUUAUUUAAAUAAUAGUCUUAACUGUGUGUAACACCCACUUGCAAUUAAAUGCCACAUUUCCAUUUCAAUGCUGUUGAUGUUGCCUAAUAUAUUCAAAGUGAGUAGGUGAAACUUUAUAUUGAUGACUACUAAAUGUUUUUCUUUGUAAUCAGCACAGUUCAGACAAAGAAAGAUAGACUUGAGGAUGUAUUACCAGAUAUUUUUUUCAUAUGGGAACAAUAUUUUCAUCUUUGGGCAUUCUCGCCUUUUCAACACGUUAUUAAUUUUGUCAUUAGUCGCACUGCAUCCUCAGAAUGUGUAAUCACUGAGUUAGACUCACUUUUUUUGCAUAUAAAAGAAAUUCAAAUCGUUCUUUGGAAAACACAAAGUCCAGAGUGGCUGAAGGAAAGAAAUCACAAUGACCAACCUGUUUUUGAUAUGUAUGAUACAAAUAUUUUCACAAUUAGAGAAGCACAACACACCAAGUGGCACCAUGUUAUGUUUUGAGGACACAAAUAUACAUGCCAGAAACGUCCAAUAUUAUACCCAAGUGAAAAUGUAUUCUGUUACUGUAUCAGUAAUGGUAGAUGGUUUAUUUUUUGAUAGAUCUGUACUGGUGUUGAAAAUGUUUGCUAUUCACACCUGUCUUUAAAAUCCCAAAGCAGAAGCAUGCUGUGGCGACAUUGUUGAAAUGAAGCUGUAGGCCAUGUUGGAAACACCCAAACAGGAUUAGAGGCAUGAUUUUUAUUAAGUACCUCUGUUACAAUCUAAAAAAAAAUGGCCUUCUUAAUCCAAACACGGCUGUAGGGUGGCCCACUAAAACCAAUUAAACUCAAUUUGCUUUAUCAUUUAAAAAGGUGUAAAGUCAGAGUUUGUAGGGUGGCUUUUGGACCUUUUUAGUUCAAUGUUGGAAAGGAGGAGUGCUUCCACCCUGUCUUUUCAGAACCAGGCAGAGAUUAUGGUGAAUGGCCUUCUGUCUGGAUGGGGAUUUUAAUGCUAGGUGUAAAUGGGAUUACAUGGUGGUGUAAUGGAGGCAUGUGGUGUUAUUUUCUGAGGCUGUGCUGAUUAAUUUAUGAAUUAAUUCUCUGUCAAAUGAUGUGAAAUUAGCCGGACUAAUAAGAGACUCUGGAGGCUCCCAGUAGCAGCACUCGGCUUUAUAUUUCUAAUGCGUGUGUGUGUUUGCAUAAAUGAGUCUAAAUGUCUGUGUGUAUGUGUGUGCAAGCAAGCACAUUUUAAGACAGUCUCCAUAAUGUUGCACCUUCAGAGCUGAAAACACAUUCUAAAAUAAAUGAAAUAUUCAUACACAUGCACCAAUGCAAAAUACUCACGCUAACACUCCCAGCCCUUGAGUGCUGCCUGGAUCAAAAGAAAACAAAACCAAAUACACUGCACAGUGGUGUGGCUGCAUCUCCAUAGUAACGCUGUAUCCAAAACAUUUAACGGCAAUGCAGCAAUGACCCCACUCAGUUUUCUGAUGAUGUAGUUAAAUACUGAAUUAAACCCACAAGAUUCAACUUGUCAACUGUCAGCUGCAGGCCUUUUAACUAUUUCAAGGAAACCGAGGUCAAAUUGAAUGUUUAACUACCAUGACCAGUGAAAGUAGACCGUGGACAAGCAGGGAGAGAAUUGAUCACAUAUCAGUUAUAGCCGGAACCUAAGUGUCACAAUCUGCUUGUAAUACAGUGAAGCAUGCAGUGUUUGGCGAGCCAGAAAAGAGACAACAGCUUACUUUUCCAAAAGGUCUGUGCACGUUCGACAGAAAGCAUCGACCCAAACACAAAAUUAAAGUAUCAGUUUGUGACUGGAUUGUUUCCAGCAUUUUUGCUCAAUUACCUCUGAGAAUGAGACCCCUUUUGAACCAUGCAUCAAUACUGAGCAGCCAUGUCGUGGUUAAUUAGAACACUGAUAUGCCCACUGCCAUGCCUCGCUGUACCCCCUGACUUUAUCAAUGUUGAAUGGGAUGGAGAUGCAAAAGUGUUUUUGACAAGCUGUUGCACAAUAAAUGUAAAGUCCCCUCCUCCUCUCCUUAUUAGCUCUCCUUGUUAAUCUGCUUUCCCUGCCUCAUCUAUUGAUUCAACCAAACACCUUUUUUUUCAUUUCCUCUCCAUACCCCUCUACAGUGUAAAUUUGCACAUGUAAGAUGAUGACACUGACUCAUGCAAUAAUGUAAACUGUAUCGCUGUUUUUCUCUGUCUUAGCCAGCAGUGAUUGUAACAACUGUGCUUAUGACAAUGUUCUGUUCAGUGUCUGUGAAAAAAAGAAUAAAUCGGAUAUAAAGUACACACAACUGAAAAUUUUUUUGUUUCAGAAAGGGGCAUAUAACCUUGAGCUCAUGCUAUCAGGGGGUGAACUGUUGCUGAGGGUAUGAAAAUAGGGUCUGUGACAUUUCUUUUUUCUUUCUAUUGAUUUCCUUUGUGUGUUUUUAUUAAAACAAACCAAACUGCUUAUUUACUCUCAGUUUAGCAGCCUCCAGAUUCAAAAUGUCUCAAUAGAAUUUGCAUCAUAAAUGUUCAUUAGAUGUCAAGUUCUUAUUUCUAAAUAAUCCUACUUACAAAUCAUAAUUUACUGAAGUAGUUUACAUUUACUUGUUAAAGACCUAAGUAUGUUUAAGUCCAAUGAAGGACUAUGAGCUGGAGCGCACAAAAAGGGAAACAAAUCAUAUCAAAUAAAAGCGUAAUUGUUGUUCUAUCUGUACUUACAAAUAAAGUUAACUAUAACUGAA